GCUAAACUUUGUUCCGAAUGUACUUUCGCUUUAUCUUACAUUACUGAUUACACAACACGGUCGGAUUGCAGAUAGAGCUCGAGUCACUUUUGAUUUGUACAGUCCCAAGGGAAAAAAAAGAUGCCUGGAGGAUCAGAUAUUGGCAGGUUGUCAAGAGCGACUUUCGCCCUCAGCUGAUUUUGGUUCCCAGAGUCCCAGUUUGGAGCUUUCCGUGGUGUUCUGAAAACUAGAGUGGGAUUCAGUGGGGGAACCACCCAGAAUCCUACUUAUCGCACCAUAGGGGAUCAUACAGAAACUGUGGACCUGGAAUUUGACCCAAGUGUUGUUUCUUAUGAGGAACUGUUAAACAAGUUCUGGAAAAGUCACAAUCCUUGUUCCCAGCGUGGCACUCAGUAUAUGUCAGCCAUCUUCUAUCACAGUACCAAACAGAAAAUGCUGGCUGAGCAGACUCGAGAGGAACAACAGAAAAACCAUGUAUCCCCCAUUGUCACCCAAAUUGUCCAGGCAGGACCUUUUUACAAUGCUGAAAAUUACCACCAAAAAUACAUUCUGAGACAGCAUAGGGAUAUUUUGGACACUUUGAACCUAUCAGAUGAAGAAAUCAUCUCCUCUGCACUAGCUUGCAAGUUGAAUGGGUAUCUCGGGGGCUAUGGAGACUAUGAAGAUUUCCUAAAGGACACAGAGGGUAUGUCACUGACUAGAAAACAACUUGGUUACGUUGAACAGCAGCUGAAGAAAGCUCCACAUUUCUAAUAAAUUCUACCUGAGAAGUUCUCAUCAUAUGUUGACUGUUUUGUUUGUGAUAUUCUUUUAUUCCACUUUUUCCACCCCUGUAGUUUUUAAUCAGGUGAUAUAUUUCUGUGAUACAGUUUUAAUGUUUUUCAUGCUUGUGUAGAUCAAAUUUCGUUUCUUUCUGAUGAUUUUUCUUGAUAAAAGGUAGAUGUUUUCAUCCUUCAAGAAAAUGAUGGUUUUAAAAAGAACUGGAUUUCUGUACACAAAUAUAAAAAAUUUUGAACUGCAUGAUAUACAUAUAAUUUGUGUUUAAAAAAUAAUUUAAUUAGUUCAAAUAAACAUGCUAAAAAUUUGAAAGAAGUCUGGUGUAU